AUGAAGAAUCAAUUACUAAUUGGUUGCUUCUCUAAAAUUAACUUACAAGGAUUUGCCCAUUUUAUUGUAUCAGGUACACCAUUUCAAUUUGUUGUGAUUUCGCAGAUAACUAGCAAAUUUCGAGAUGAGCCUCACCCGAAAAACGGUCUAGUUCGCGGACGUGAAUUUCUGAUGCAAGAUCUUUACACGUUUGAUACAUGUGCUGAAACGGCUAAGGAAACUUACAGUCAUGUACAGGCUGCCUACAUGAAAUUGCUAGACAACCUGGAGUUGCCAUAUCUGGUAGCUCGUGCAGAUUCAGGCCAUGUUGGGGGCGAAUUUUCCGAUGAAUUUCACAUUGUUUCAUCCGUGGGAGAGGAUAAAAUACUAGUAUGUCCCAAGUGCUCUGCCGCUUUCAACGCUGAACUCCAAGAUCAACAUAACCACCAUUCACGAUGCACAUUGAAGUCUUGUCCACAGGCAUUCCAAGAAGUGCAAGGAGUCGAGGUUGCUCAUUGUUUCCUUCUGGGUGAACGGUAUUCAAAGUGCUUUAAUGCUGCUUACCAAUCCCUAACAGGUCAAAGGCUGUUGUACAUGGGAUGCUAUGGUCUUGGGAUAACGCGUCUACUUGCUGUGUGUAUCGAACACUUAACAAGGACUUCAUUUCCUGAGAAGCCUGUACAGCAGAUUAAUCAGCUUCGAUGGCCUGUUCGAAUCGCACCCUACAGUGGAGCUAUAGCCUUUCAAAAGGAAACCGCCAAAGAUGCACUCACUAUACACGAACAGAAGUCUAUUCUGGAUACUGUUCAAAGUCAUCCUACAAAUAUGUUGCAAAUGCCAGGUGAUAUUCUCGUGGAUGAUCGGAAGGGAAUCAGUCUGGGUAGGAAGGUGGUCGACCUCAGUCGUAUCGGCAUACCCUUCAUUUUCGUUGCCAAGGGUCAGAAGAAUGGCAUAUAUGAAAUGAUCGAUGUGUACAAGGAAAGAUCAUGUGCAGUUACAAUAGAGCAGGCGAAAACAGCACUCAACAACCCUGGGACAUUUGAUUCAGCCUCACUUCCAUCUUGGAGUUAUCAACAAGAUGAAAGUAUACAAUAUGAAAAAGGCUAA